AUUCCGAAUGAGUCCUUCUCGAGUUCACUCUAGUGUUGGAGAGUGGUGGGAGUAAAUUAAAAUGGAGGUUUUGAUGUUGAUUAAUGAUUUAGCUUGCUAGUGUCUUUAUGGAGUAAUUGAUAUCUACCCCUUUCCUCGGACGGAACAAUAGUGGACUUGGAGACAAAGGAAAUCUCGAGAUAGCAUGAUAGUAGAGGUGUGUCCACAACAGCAGAUGAGGGAAGAUGUUGGCUAUGGACCAAGGAGUGGUGGAGGAGUGGCUGUCAGAGUUUAAGACCCUUCCUGACAGUGCAGUGUCCAGCUACGCAGCGUCUCUGAAGGAGAAAGGCUCCCUGGUCCCAGCGCUCUACAAAGUCAUCAGGGAGAACUACAGUGAUUUGUUGGAGCCAGUGUGUCACCAGUUGUUUGAGUUCUAUCGUAGCGGAGAGCCACGGCUGCAGCGGUUUGUUCUCCAGUUCCUCCCUGAGCUGCUCUGGUCCCUCCUCCUGGCUCCGUCUGCAGCCAGGGACCCACAUACCUCCGGCUGUAUAGAGGCCCUGCUACUGGGGAUAUAUAAUCUGGAGAUUGUAGAUAAGGAUGGACAGAGUAAAGUCCUUUCUUUCACUGUCCCUUCCCUCUCCAAACCCUCAGUCUACCACGAGCCCUCCACCAUUGGCUCCCUGGCGUUGACGGAAGGGGCUCUAGCUAAUCAUGGGCUGCGUAGAGUGGUGUACAGCGGGCCUCUACAGAGAGAAACCUUCACGGCUCAGAACAGGUUUGAGGUGCUGACCUUCCUGCUGCUGUGUUACAAUGCAGCUCUCAGCUACAUGACCUCUUCAUCUCUGCAGUCCCUCUGCCAGCUCAGCUCCAGGGUGUGUAUCUGUGGUUACCCGCGGCAACAGCUAAGGAGGUAUAAAGGCAUCAGCUCUCGUCUGACCGUCACCUCUGAGUUCCUGGUCCAACUCAUCACUGGGAUACAUUAUGCACUGUGUAAUGGGGAGAUGGACCUGGGUUCCAAGGCGCUGGAUGAUGUUCUGUAUCGAGCUCAGCUAGAACUGUACCCUGAAGCUCUACUGGUGGGUAAUGCCAUCAAGUCGUCCCAACAGUGUGCUGCGCUGAAGUCUGGCGCUAGUAAAGAAGGAGCUCGCAGCAUUCAGGUGGAGAUCACUCCUACUUCCUCUAGGAUUUCACGGAAUGCGGUCACGUCACUCUCUAUCAGAGGACACCGCUGGAAACGCCAUGACGCAGUGGAUUUGGGUUCCCCGGAUGAGUUGAUGGAUAUCUCUGAAGUGGAUGAAGGGGUGUGGCCUACAGGAGGGGCUGGCCCGGACUCACUGACUCCACCUACCAUCACUAUCAGCAACAGCGUUACCCCUGUGGUGGGAGGGGCCAAGACAGGGAGCAGGAAGUGGCAUCUAGGCGGACGGUCGCAUAAGGAGAAGGAGGCUUGUCCUCCAGGGGGGCAGACCCUGGGCGAGAACCUGGAUCUGUCAAUCAAACGUCUGACGCUGACGUCCAGCCAAUCUGUGCCCAAGGGACCGAGCCAUAGCGCACUGAGCAGCCUAUCGCGUACAGCCAGCGCUGUGUUCUCACGCUCCUUUGAGGGAAACAACACCGGAGGAAACCGUGGCAACCCCGAGGCUGGCCGCUAUUCAUGCAGUGGCAGCCUGCAGGAGGAGGAGUUAGGCUAUCUAAGCCCCACCCCCAACCACAACCAGCGCUCGCCCAGCAUCAGCGUGCACUUUAGGAGCGACCUGUGAACCCUGACCUCUAACUCUUGAGCUCUCACCCCCAUCUCAAUCCUCUAACCCCAUACCCCUGUACCUGUAACCUGUAUUCCCAGCCUGCCAGAAGGACUGGAACACAUUCCCUCUUAUCCCCCUCCUUUCCUCACCAUCCCCCUUUCUUUCCUAUACAUACCAUUCUUCAUUUCCUUCUCUUCUUCAGUAGGACAGCUGCCCCCUAUAGAAACUGGCUUCUCUCCUACCCUUCCUCUCUCUCCAAAGCGAGAGCCUUGUGUGAGAGCAGGGAGCCUGUGUCCAUCCCUCCGCCCUGGAACUACAGAACCACCAGACAGAUCUGCAGACUGUUUUCUGAGAGUGUUUGGAAAUUGAGUAUUUAAGACUCUUGUUUGUCCUGUUUGGCUUUCUGUACAUCCCUCCUGACCACGCCCCCAUCACCGGGCAAGUACGGUGUUUGUGAGCUUGUGUGUGUGGGAGCUUGCAUGCGAGUGUGAAUGCAAUAAAGUGUUGCCGACUGUUUUUAGAAUAAAGGUUGCUGAUUGCUGCAAUGAACAAGGUGUGAUACUCCCAAAAAUAAAAUGAAAAUAAAUAUA